UAGACUAGAACCAGCUGAACGACGUAACACUGUACCAUGCUUCGCAAUGUCCUAGGAAAAACCUUUCGAUUUCUUGGGUAUACUGUGCAAUAUGGCUGCAUAGCACAUUGUGCCUUUGAGUACCUUGGAGGAAUUGUUGUGUGUUCUGGACCUUCAAUGGAACCAACUAUUCAAAAUUCUGAUAUUGUCUUUUCGGAGAACCUUAGCCGCCACUUUUAUUGCAUUCGAAAAGGAGAUAUUGUAAUUGUGAAAAGCCCAAAUGACCCCAAAUCAAAUAUCUGUAAAAGAGUAAUUGGCUUGGAAGGGGAUAAAGUCUGCACAAGCAACCCUUCAGAUUUCCUUAAGAGUCACAGCUAUGUGCCUAAAGGACAUGUUUGGUUAGAAGGUGAUAAUCUCAGGAAUUCUACAGAUUCCAGGUGCUAUGGACCUGUUCCUUAUGGACUGAUAAGAGGACGCAUUUGUUUUAAGAUUUGGCCUCUGAAUGACUUUGGAUUUCUACGUGCAAGCCCCAAUGGCCAUAGAUUUCUUGAUGAUUAAAAGAUUUAAGUGACUAUUGCCAGCUUUCAUAAUAUUUUCUACUAAAAAUCAAUGGAACUAUUUUUGUUUGGAAUAAACACAAGUAUUACUUGA